AUGUGGUCUGAUAGCCAGGUCCACCUUCACUAUUCCUCCUAUAGCGCCCAGGCCUAUGGACCCAGUCUGCGGACCCCUGACCCACUUGCCCAGGACAAAAACACCAACAGGCUCUGUGGCAUCCUCUCCGAAAGCUCGCUCUUGGCGCCCCCUGCCGGGGAUCUCCGAGAUGCCGCAGGCGCCGGAAAGUUAAAAUCCAACUCCAGGCAACCGCAUCCAGGGGACCAGGGCCGGGGCCGGGACCUAACUGCGCUGGGCCCAGUACCAGGGACGAUCGCCGGGGAUCACUCCUCGCCAACAGUUCCUUGGAACAUCCUGAGCACGGAUCUUCGCCUGGCCUCAGACCGUGAGCCCCGGUAUGCAACGCAUGCGGCGGGGCUGCUAGCAGACAGGGGAUCCUCCCACUACCCUCAGAUUCUCACGAGCAUCGCAAAUCCCUGUACAGAGAACAGGAACACGUCCCCUAGUCCACCGGGCAGGAAGGUAGGCGAUUCUAACCACCAAACCCGGUUCCAGAUCCCACCAAGUGAGCCUGGCCUCGCGCAAAGUACGAGCACAGAUCUCCAGGCGUACCUGAAGUGUGCUGGCCGAGGUGCAGGCUUGCCCACUGGCUGGUUGCACACCGGGACCUUCCCAAUCCGCGCUCGGAUCCAGGGAAAGGCUAGGACACAAACUUCCAGCCGGUGCACUAUCUCCACUGCGACCGCCCCCGCUUUGAGCGUAGUCCUAUUCCUGCACGCGCCUCUGCCAGGUUGUCCCCACCCAGGUGUCUGCAGAGUGACCCUAUCUGAAACCUACACCAACCACAGAUGGACCAACGCUGCCCCGGGUCCACACGCACAAGGUCUCAGCUAUGAAACCCAGGGACUCUGCGGGGGAGCGAGCUCACCAGAUGCGGGGCGCGUUCCUCCUACUAGUCAUCCAGCGCCCCGGGGCCCGGAGCUGCUCCCAGGGUCCUCUUCAGUGCGCCAGGAGGAAAGUCGAGGCAGCAACAACCACUACACCCGGCCACUUCUCCAGAGCUAUCCUCCACUCGCAGCGCGCCAGGCUGGGGACCAGCUCGCCUGCUGGAGUCUCCAGUUGUGCAGCUGAGUGAACAGGCUCGCGCCGAGAGAGGGCAACCGGUGAGAUGGCAAAGUUGGGUACCCUCUGUUUAGGUCCGCGCGUGCGAACCAGAACACCCCAAAGAAGGAUUGCACGUGCCGGGACCUCCCCGCAGUGGGAAGGUGGGAUACAGAUGCCGCCGCAAGGCUGGGGCCACCUCCAGCCAAAGGCUGAGGAGCCCACCCGCGGCGGGAGCGCAGCGCGCGCGGGAUUGGGCACAACGUGAGCAGCCGCUGCCGACGCCGCCUUCCUAGCGAGUAGACCAGAGCUGGGUGAGCCGGCCCAGAGCUCGGGGCGGGGAACACAGGGCCGCCUCGCCCCGCCCCCGCCCCGCCCCCUCCGCCCCACCUCCCCUACUCCGUCCCUCCCGCGUGCAAACUAGGCGCCCCACCCGCUCCUGACCUUCCUAGCCCCUCCUCUGGCUCCGCCUCUUCCCGAGAUGGGACCCCCAAACACACCCCCGGGGGCUCUCUCCACACCCCAAGAGUCCUAUCUGUGCCUCCCGAGUGCAAGUUCACCCAAGUGGUGAGUUUUUACGGACUCCCUUCCUCGCUUGAAAGAGACCUUCUUUGGCUACCCGCCCCCUGUCCGGUGGCUCCGACGUGGCUACUUUGCAGGAUGGGCUGUAUAAAGGGCUAGAGGCAGAUCUACCCAAACCAGAGACGUGGCGUCUGCUAGACCGGCCUAGGCUCCAGUACCUGACUAAAGCCCAGAGAAGGGAGCAAGAAGGAGCUGAAGAAAGUGUGGCCCCCAGGAGCCAUGAAGACCACGGUUCGCUUUCCUGGGAAGGUUCCCUAACCCUGGACUAUAAGAUGUAGCAAGACUUAUAUUCAGUGAUUAAAAAAUGAAAGAAAGAAAAGAAA